AUGCAUUCUAGCCUUUGCGCAACCGAGCUCGAACUGCAAGGCAGCGGUGAUGUUCCAUAUGAGGCGGUGGCCGGUUUCCGGUUCAUUCAUCUUUUCUUGAAAACCUUGUCGGGCAAAGGAACUCGACAAGGGGCUAUGGCCAUAUUUAGUGGCAGGCUACUCUCGCCACGUCACAGCACUGCCCACACAUAUUUGUCGUGUUUUCUGCGGAGAACCCCUGCCAGGAAUUUGAAUGAACCUCAAGCGCUCCCGCUGCUCGUCCGCGACCACUUAUUCGGAGGUCCGAAGCCCACAUUAUGCACGGGGGGCGUACAUCUAACGCGGGAGCGUGAACGGAGCACCUAUGUGGGAGCUUCUGGAGACGUGUCACGCAAGACCUUCGGAUUCCGGUUGAGUUUGUUGUUCGCUGGUGCGUUGAUUAUCGGUCUGCUUUUCGGUAUCAGCCCUCAGCCUCAUGCACCCAAUGAGACAAGCGNACGUGGACGGGACAGCACCUUAUUGGCUGGGGGCUGCCCAGCUUGGGCGGGUGGUAGCUGUCCAAUGAAGUGCGAAUACUUCUCCCACCGUCGAGAGGAAGCCCCAGUGACUCCAAGUCAAGAAGAUUUUGUGAAGUAUGCAGGGAGAAUCAAUCUGGAAGCCAAGCGGUUCAAACUAAAGGAUCUCUCAAUGGACCAGUUCAAAUGUUUGCUAAUCGUCGGUGGAUUACAGUCAUCUGCCUAUGCAGAAUUACGCAGCCGUAUACUAUCGCAAAUCGGAAAUUACCCGAACCUCACUCUGCACAACAUAGCGAAAGAAUGUCAACGGAUCGAAGNCGAAGCCACAAAGAGAGACUCCACAUUGAUAGCAAAAGGUCCGGAAUACAAUAACAUGAAUUGCCUACAAGUUUCCCCGAACAAAACGGAAGCUUGUAAUGCAUCAGUCAACCCCAAGUCUAGACCGGCCACAGCAGGCUGA